AGGAGAGGAAGUGGGAUAACUUCAGUCGCUCCUGCAGCUUUCAUUCAUCUUCUUUGUCUUCUUUCUCGUCCCGCCUCCACGUCGUGCUGCCAUCUGUCCCCGAAUGUUUCCUCUCUGAUACUUUUUCCCUCCACCGGCAACGGAACUUUCCGCUCUCCAAACUUGCACGACUCCCAACUUGAAUCAGACUUGAGUCUUCCCGCCACCAUGUCCGUCUUCGCUCUGCUCAGUUGCACCGUCCUGCUGCUGCUGCUUCAGAGCGGUCACUCAUCCUCGGACCUGACGCCGCGCUCCCUGACCGUCUACCCUCAUCGGCAGCCCGACUCCGCCUCCAACGGCCAUUGUCCAUCCUGCGCCCUGGCUCGGAUGCGCAGGAACGAGGGGGGUCCGGAGCCACAGGAGGAUGCGGCGGGGCACGAAGAAGAGGAGGAGGCUCAGCAGGAUGUGGUGGAGGCGGUAAAGAGGCACAUCCUCAACAUGCUGCACCUCCAGGCCCGGCCCAACAUCACCCGGCCCGUGCCCCGCGCCGCCCUCCUCAACGCCCUGCGCAAGCUGCACGUGGGCCGCGUCGCCGAAGACGGCAGCGUGCACAUCGAGGGGGAGCCUGAGGGGAGAAGGCGGGGAGGUCGGGGGGGCGGUGGUGCAGGAGGAGGAGGAGGGGGAGGAGCGGUGGCCGUGGCAGCAGGUACUCGGAUGCGAGAUGACGAUGCGCAAGACACGACGGAGAUCAUCACCUUUGCCGAGGCUGGUGAGGCUCGGGAUGUGGUGACCUUCGUGCUGUCCAAGGAUGGCGGCGGCGCCGAGGUGUCGCUGGUCGAGCAGGCCAAUGUGUGGCUCUUCCUGCGAUUGGCCAAGAACAACCGCAGUCGUGCCAAGGUCGCCAUCCGCCUCCUCCAGCGUGGUGCAGGAUCAUCUUCACCGCAGGAUGAUGUCUUCUUGGUGGAAAAAACGGUGGACACUCGACGCAGCGGCUGGCACACCUUCCCGGUGUCGGCGGCAGUCCAGGCGCUGCUGGAGCGUCCGGACGGCGCAGAGUUAAGCAUCCGGGUGUCUUGCCCGCUCUGUGCCGGCGUUGGCGCCACACCUGUGCUCGUUUCUGGUGGGGACGCGUCUCAGCGCAGCAGCCAACGGGAACAAUCCCACCGGCCCUUCCUGAUGGCGGUGGUGCGGCCGGAGGAUGGCGGGGACUUGCGGCGGCGCAGGAAGCGCGGCCUGGAGUGCGACGGGAAGGUCCGCGUGUGCUGCAAACGACAGUUCUACGUUAACUUCAAAGACAUCGGCUGGAAUGACUGGAUCAUCGCGCCAAGCGGUUACCAUGCCAACUACUGCGAGGGCGAGUGCCCGUCCCACGUGGCCAGCAUCACGGGCUCGGCGCUGUCCUUCCACUCGACAGUCAUCAGCCAUUACCGCAUGCGGGGCUACAGCCCCUUCCAGAACAUGCGCUCGUGCUGCGUGCCGACGCGGCUGCGUGCCAUGUCCAUGCUCUACUACAACGAGGAGCACAAGAUCAUCAAGAAGGACAUCCACAACAUGAUCGUGGACGAGUGCGGAUGCUCCUAGACGCCGGGGGACCCCAUGGGACGUUAGAACCGAGCCGGGCGCUGGGUCAUGUCCGGGUCGCGCUCCUCCAUCCUUGCGGCACUUUCAGACAAAAAGAAGAAGAAAAAAAAAGAAUAUUAAUAUAUUUUUGUUAAGAAUGGCGUGGGCGUGGCCUAUUUAUGUGGCUAAGGCCAUGUUGGAGCUCGCGUGACAGCGAGUCUGACACACAACAAACUAUGCAACAUGUUGAUGUAUUAGCUUCUGCUCCCUUCUGUUUGUUGACUCUUUUCUAAACGUACCGGGAAGAAAGACGUGUGUGUCUGUGUGUGCGUGUGUCUGUGUGUGCGUAUGUGCGUGUUGAGAUUACUUGAAUGAAACAAGUUGGCUUGGCUGCUGGAACCAAACACUUCUGUUACCGUGGUUACCAUGUUGAUAUUCUAAUGUUUACUGUCACUAAAUAUAUUAAUAAUAUUAUUGUUCAUGUUAAUAAUAAUAAUAAUAGUUUAGUUGCAUUUGUGUUUUUUUAUACGUGUUGUUGAGUACAAAUGAUUUUGCACUAUAGCGAGACUACAGGUCACAGGUUUGAUCCCCGUCUUUAAAUUGAAAAAAAAAUGUCUGCUGACAUUAGCUUAGCAGCGAGCUAAUUGCCAUGAUACAAUUGGACUGGUCAAACGUUCACCAGCUUUUAGUUCUUUUGAGACACCAAAGAGGCUCGAGUCUGUGUGUGUGUGUGUGUGUGCGCGCAUGUGAAUGACAAGGUGAAGAUGCUGGUCAGUGAAAAAGUUUCGCAAAGAGGACGACUGGUGUUUGGCUGAGUUGAUGUCCCUCCUACUUUUCCCACAACGCUUUACUCUCGACCAUCCACACUGGACCGUUUUUGGAGGGGCAUUUCCAGGAUUUCACCAAAAAGUGUUUUGUUUGUGCUACUUUCUUACUCUCCCCGACAUCUUGGACAUGCUCACGGAUCCCAAGUGAAAGAAAAAAAACACAAUCCAAUAUAUCAAGAGUAAAAGUUUGUUUUGUCGACACUGAACAAAAACAACAACAAAAAAAGACGAAGAAUAAAAAGCCUAUUUUUUAUUCUGUAAAUAUGGAACUCAUGGCUUUGUUGUACAAAAUGUGCUUGUGACAUUUUAUGAUCUAAUUUAUUGGACUUUUCUGCUUCACAUUAAAGUUUCAAAGAAGAAAACACAAAUGUCUGACUUUCCUGCACCACUUCACAAUUUUUAAAGAGCUGCACACAUGCAAUGAAACAAUAUCAUGUACUUUUAGCGAUGAGUUAGCAACGUUAGCACGCCGCAUUUUAGAAUGGAUGUCAUUUGGCUUUGAUCUCAUGGUGCCGUACUAUUAUGUCAUUCAUCCAUCCAUUUUCUAUAGCGCUUGUCCCCAUCAGGAUCACGGUGAGCUGGAGCCUAACUC